AGAUUCAGAAGGGACAGGGGUACAGUCUGGUCACAGCACUCGUCAGCAAGCUGAGCUGUUCAUAAGCCAGCAGACAUCUUUGUUGCAGUUCAAUGAGACCGCAGCACUGUCACCACCAGAGCUGCAGGAAAAAAUAAGGCAGCUGGUUAGGCAAAAUCCAGACCUAGCUGAAGCACAUUAUCUCAGUUACUUGAACUGUGUUCGUGUUAAAGAGUUUUCUGGUGCUGUACAUAGCUUACUGCGCACAUAUGAUGGUCAUUUAAUGCCUCGUGAAACUGGGAGAAUGGAGGACCAAGGUCAAGGAUUUAGAUAUGCUGCUCUCAAUCUGGCUGCUCUUCAUGCACAAUUUGGGCAUAAGAAAGCAGGUCUAGCAGUGCUGAAGGAAGCUAUUUGUUUGGCACAAGAGAGGAGUGACCAUGUUUGUCUACAACAUGCUCUAGCUUGGCUCUACACUUUGUCAUCAACACACAAGGGACAGUUGAUGCAAAGAUCAAUGGUAAAGAGCUUUGAGCUUUCUCUUAGUUACCUGAGCUCACUGGGAAGACUGAAUCAUGCAGCUCAGUUGGUUCAUACACGUUCUACUCCAGCUAACUUACUGCAGAGUAUUGUUCGAGCAGAGGCACUAAACUGCCAGCACAGUUUAGUGUCUCUACAACAUGGGGCCUGGUCUCUGAGAGCUGCAUUGUGGGCCAACUGGGGAAACACAACAAUGACAGCAUUAGCAUCACAGUUGUUACUAAACCUUAAUACACAUCAUCCCACUAGUCCUUCUACAUUCUAUGCCUCUCAACCCACUUGUGCUGCUGUGUGCAACAUUGCAAUUAGUUUUGCAAAUUUAGGAGAGUACCAGUUAGCUGGGGAAGUUUUACAACAUGCACAAGAAAGGUUUCCCACCCACAGUCAGCAUGCACAUACAUGGAUGUUUGCGCAAGCACACAUAACUUUAAAUGACCUUCUUCACCAAGGACGCUGGACAGAAGCACAAACUGUAAUCACCAAUAUGGCUACUACACAUCCGACAGAAGCAAAGCUGAGGCAGUGCGAGUUGUUGGUUGCAAAAGGUGAACUGACACAGGUGUGGGAACUGUUGAGUGAAUUACAUAAAUCUCCAGAGAUGGUGGGUGAAUUACGGGUGAGACUUCUCCUAAUGGAGAGCUGUGUGGCAGUAGCAGGUGGAGGAAAUGCUGUAGCUAUUCCUUUGUUAGUUGAAGCUCUCACUACUGCUCAUGAUCAUCACUUGACAUACUUAGCAGCAAUUACACACCUCCAUACAGCGAAUGUUCAGUUACAGUUAGGUUUGUUGAAUGAGGCCGAAGCAAGUGUUGCUGCAAGUCUUGGUGUAGUACUGUCUGGAGGUUCUGUCUAUGACCAAGCCCGAGCCAGGCUGCUGGCAGCUAAACUUCAG